AUGGGUUCCUUGACUUUCCUCGUCGCUGUAGCCUGUACAUUGACCACUGUCCAGUCUGCGAGUGUGUCCAAGAGAGAGACUCUGACCAUCGCCACGGACAAGUACCACAACUACAACGACCUGCAAGCGCUCCUCCGUCAGCUGGUCUCAAACUACCCCAAUCUGGCUCGUGUCUAUGACGUCGGCACUUCCAUGGGUGGGAGAAAGUUGUCCGUUAUUCAGAUAUCUGACCGUGUGAACGAGAGGGAGGUCGGUGAACCCAGGUUCAAAUACAUCGGCAACAUCCACGGCAACGAGGCUGUGGGCAGGGAGGUCAUCCUGUACCUGGCCCAGUACCUGCUCUACAACUACGGCACUGACCCCAGGGUGACCCAGCUGGUGGACACGACGGACAUCCACCUGAUGCCGACCUUGAAUCCUGACGGGUUCGAGAUCUCGAGGGAAGGGGAAUGUGACAACGUUGUAGGGCGUACCAACAACAACGGUGUAGAUUUAAAUCGGAAUUUCCCUGACCAGUACUGGAUGACCGGCACUAUUCAGGCCGAGACACAAGCCGUCAUGGACUGGAUCAAAACCCAACCAAACUUUGUCCUCUCCGCCAGCCUUCAAUGUGUGACACUAGUGGCUGCCUACCCGUUCGAUGACCACCAAUAUGGUGACAUUUCUUCAGGAUUGUACGCAGCCACACCUGACGAUGCCACCUUUAAAGCAUUAGCAAAGUCCUACGCCAACGCCCAUCCCACAAUGCACUUCGGUAGAGGCUGUGGGGGCAAUGAUAAUUUCAAAGAUGGGAUAAUUAACGGGGCUGAAUGGCUUACAGUUGCUGGUGGCAUGCAGGACUACAACUACCUGAACAGCAACACCUUUGAGAUUACCAUCGAGAUUUCGUGCUGCAGGUACCCAAACAGCAGCGAACUCGCCUCGUACUGGAACGACAACAGAAACGCUCUACUCACUUAUAUAGAACAGACACAUAUGGGAGUAAAAGGCGUAGUCAAGACAAGUGAUGGAACUCCAAUCGCUAAUGCACAAGUCCGUGUGUCUGGCAUUGAUUACACGAUGAACACGUCCGAUCUUGGAGAAUACUGGAGGCUUCUGAUACCUGGAACUUAUAGUAUUAGUUUCAGUGUUGAGGGGUAUACAACGGCUUCAACAAGUGUAACCGUUAGUUCUGGUUCACCUGUGGUACUUAAUGUGACAUUUGACACUUCCACUAAACAAGGAUCAAUCACCCAGGGUUGAAAAUGAUGUCGACAAUGUUAUAAUUAAA